CGAACGUAAAGAGUCCUCGUACUCUGCCGGUGUUUGUGCUUCAGUACCCGGGGUUGUGACAGGAAUCUCCGCACGCCAUGACCGCUACUUCCGCUUUUACUAGCCAAAGGUAUGCUAUCGUUAUCAUACCCGAAAAAACAGCUAAACAUAUCUAUUUUACAUUUUAUUGAGAUUAAUUUUCAGGUUUUUGUUAUUUGAAGCAAACUCCUGCUGAAGUGCAUCUGUUCCUUUGAUUUAUGUUAGAAAAAAAACAUUGAUGUAUAUUUUAUUGACCCCGCCUGGAAUGAGAUUGCGACCAAUCAAAUGCGGAAUAGUGGAUGAUGGACGUCCCUACAGCCAAUCAGAGCCCAACACCCUUCCCACAGUGGGCGGGGCCAAGUAGCUUCCAAACCCCUCUCUGUAGUCCUCUCCCAGGUUUCCAGCACCUCAACCUGGGCUCGCCCUCUGACCAGACCCCGCCGUGUCCACCACCCGGGCAAACAUCACCAUGGUCCCCUUACCGCUGUCACCCGGGGGCAUGUGGCUCCAUCCUCUCUCCGCCUUACGCACAUGGAACUCAGUCACCCCCUUACACCCCAGGGGCCAUACCCCAAUUUGUCCCCGAUGCACAAGAAAGGAGCACAGUGCAGCAGUCCCCGAACUCCGAGUCCCGGUAUGGACUAGACCCAGAUCUGCUUCCCAGUGCAGUGAAAGUGAUGGCGGACGACAGGGCGCAGUGGGAGGGGAAGGUUUUUGUCUCGGAGCCUUUUUGUCCUCUCCCUCCACUGCCAACCACUACCUGCAUUAUGGAGGAUGGAGGCAGCGCCAGCCCCAAUGCCAUGCGCUCUACCUCCUACUGCAUUCCCUGCGACGGUCCCACCGCCCUCCUUGCCCGCCUGCCGCUGGCCACCCUAGUGACACCCCUGGCCAAACGGAACCCAAAAGAGACGCCCCUGCCGGUGUGCGCGGAGGAAGUGUGCGUGAAGGGUUGUGGUUGGUGCGGAGCGUCCAUGUGUGCCGCCAUCAGCUGGGAGGACUGUGGGCAGAGGUUCUGCUGCCCCUUUUGUGGGAAACUCACUGAAGUGCCGUGGCAAGACUACCAGCCCACAGACGGCGUGGGCGGGGCUCGGCUUGAUCGACGGCAGAGGCCCGAACUCCACAUGGGGUCUUACGAAGUCCUUCACGCCAGCCAGGGUGAAGCAGCCGCGUUGCUUCUCGCCAUCGACGUGUCGGCCGCGGCGCUCCGGUGGGGCCAUUUGGAGUUUGUGACGCAGCAAAUCCUCACUCUGCUGGCCUCACUGCUCGGCAAGGAGGGCGGGGCCUCCUGGUCGGACGUCCGCGUGGGUCUGCUGACGUACGACAGCAGAGUGCAGCUGUAUGACCUCAGCCCCGCCCUGUCCCGCCCGCACAUGUUGGUCCUCGCUGAGACGGAGGAGGAGAUGCAGCUUCCUGCCAGGGAGGGGCUGCUGGUCCCUCUUAGGGACUGCAUAGACUCCGUCACCAGUGUGUUGCAGCUCAUCCCACAGUUCAGUCCAGAGGGGGACGACUCCACAGGUGUCCCCGUGGAGCUGCCAGUCAAAGCGGGGCUUGCAGUUCUGCAGACCCUCACGUGUCCUGGCAAGCUGCUGGUCUUCCACGCCGCCCCUCUAAUAGAGACAGGACAUGCUCAGACCUCCUCAGGCUUUUUUGCUUCUAACAAGACUAAGUCCAUCUUCCAGCCGCCAGAGGCCGCCGUCUCCUUGGCCAAGGCGUGCGUCCGUCAGGGCUGUGGCGUUCACCUGUUUGUCCUCUCUCAGCAAGACGUUGGCGGGGCUUGGCCGGGGCACGUCCCCUACCUGACAGGGGGAGCGCUGUACUCCUACAACCACCUGCAGGGAGAUUCUGACCGGGAGCGUUUCGGCAGAAACCUAAGACGUGCCGUCCAAGCAGAGGUCGCCUACCAGGCUGAGCUCAGCUUGUUCGUCAGCAAGGGUUUGCGGGUCUCUGGCUGUUAUGGACUCUUCGUCCCCGGUCCGAGCCCGAGCAGGGUCGUCAUGGCAACCCUCGACUGGCAGACAACGCUGGCUGUGGAGCUGGCUCACAGCAGCGCCCUUGAUGAGACGAAAGGUGUCGCCAUACAGGCCGUCCUGACGUACGCCACGCGGGCCGGGGAGCGGCGCUCCAGGGUGCACACGCUGACGCUGCGAUGCUCGCCACACCUGCAGGAUACCUUCCGCCAGUUCCAGGCCCAAACGCUGCUCACUUUCUACUGCAAAAAGAUGUACUGUGCAGUGCUGGAGCGCCCCCAGCAGGAGCUGCGUGAAGAGCUGCAGACAGACCUCACGGAAGCGCUGGCGUCCUACCGUAAACAUGGGUGCUCCGCUUCGGUGUCCACCGGUCAGCUUGUCCUCCCUCAGGGCCUCAGAGCGCUUCCCGUCUACGUCAACAGUCUGAGGAAGAGCGAGGUGCUGCUGCCGGGCCUGCGCACCUCCUCCGUCCACCAGCGGCUGCAGCAGCGCUGUCAGGUCCUGCGGCUCGACGCCUCGGCUAGCGCCGCACACUUCUACCCGCUGCUCUUGCCUCUGCCGCCGUCACCCGCCAGCCACGAGCCUUCAGCCCUGCGCUGCUCCGGCGCCAGCCUGCAUCCCGGCGGCGUGUAUCUGAUGCACACGCCCCACACCCUUCUGCUCUGGGUGGGCGCCCAGGUCCCGGCGGUCACCCUGGUGGAGCUCUUCAACGUCACCUGCUUCUCCUCGCUGCUCUCUGGAGAGACCAAGCUGCUUGUCCUGGACAACGCUUCGUCCGUCGGUGUGCGAUCCAUAGUCCACGUGCUGGAUUCGGAAGCCCCCUGCGCCCGUGAGUUGCUGCUGGUGAAGCAGGGAGACACCUUUGAGGAACUCCUGCAGCGCCACCUGGUGGAGGACAAGAGCCCCAACGGGGGUGCCUCGUACGCCGACUUCCUCUACCAUCUGCACGUCAACUCUGUGCGCCUCCUGCAGUGACACUUCCAGUACACUUCUUUAUUUAUUUUGGUGUCCAAAAUUCUAAAGCAGGGGUCUCAAACUCAAUUUACCUGGGGGCCACUGGAUGCAGAAACUGGGUGAGGCUGGGCCGCAAGAAAGGAUGUCUUAAAAAAAUCUAACAUGCACUUUUUAAUGAAUUCACCUUCUUUGAAUGGCUUUCCAUCCGUAUAUUGUAGCCCAGAAGAGUUAGGGCUGCAUGGGAUUCUGGGUAUUUGUUCUGUUGUGUUUAUGUUGUGUUACGGUGCGGAUGUUCUCCCAAAGUGUGUUUGUCAAUCUUGUUUGGUGUGGGUUCACAGUGUGGCGCAUAUUUGUAACAGUGUUAAAGUUGUUUAUACGGCCACCCUCAAUGUGACCUGUAUGGCUGUUGAUCAAGUAUGUCUUGCAGUCGCCAACUGCGCUUACAUAAUCCAAAUACAACAUGAGACUGGGCUGGCACGAUGUUUGUACAGGUCGUAGAGGACGCUAAAUGCAGUGCCUCCACAGUGGCCCCUUAAUAUUGAUGAUCUUGUGAAAUCCGUGAUAUUGAUUACAUCUGGAGGAGUAUUGAAAAAUUGGGUGUCUUCCGGAAAAAUUGAGGGUAUACAAUUAUGACGCUGUAAAGCGCCAUCCAUAUAAAACUUGCGGGCCGCACCAACAUUAAGUUUUCACAUUAAGGUGCGGGCCGCAAAAUAACGUCUCGCGGGCCGCUAUUGGCCGCGUGUUUGAGACCCCUGUUCUAAAGUAUUUGAUGUUUUUUUUUUUUUUUAAAAACAAAAUGCUAAAAACAGUACUGUAGAUGACUUACAGAUGAUAUAUAUUAAAAGACAAAAUGUAUAUUGUCAGCUCUGUGUUAUAGGUGACAAAGUUUUAUUUGUUAUUAGUUAUUUUGUUGACCUGCAACAUAUUGUCGGAAAAAAACAACAGAAAAAAAUGCGAAAAGAUAAUAUGUGAUGAGAAAAAGCUGACAAUUUUGAUGCUAACAAUAAUACAAUUAGUCACUGAAAUGGUACAAACUUAUUUGUUCUGUUUCAGUACAAAAAAGUACCGAAACAGUACUUGUUUGUACUGAAAUACAAAUAAGUACUAAAAUAAGUACAACAUUUUUUUCCGCCGUCGGAAAAAAUCAAGAGGAAAAAAAUGCGAAAAGAUAUGAUGUGAUGAGAAAAAGCUGACAUUUUGAUGCUAACAAUAAUACAAUUACAAUAUUUAAUUUUGUUUCCAUUUUUUACUUUUUAAAUUGAUCUCAACCCUGUACACUGCUGCUGGAAUUUUGAUUUUGCUGAAGGAAUCAAUAAAGUACUAUCUAUCUA